AAGUAGUCUAAGGGCUCUCUCAGUCUUAGGAACUGGUAUUGAGUUCACAACAGUUGAACUAUGUCAUACAGUAGAAUGUUGUCAGAAGACAAGAAUACUUGGGAGGAGAAAGAGGGAGAAUGGAAGCAAGAGAGAGGAGAGAAGACUGAACACGAACAGAGUGCUCUUGAAGAACUUUUCCCAAGUGGUAGGAGCCAUCCCCAAAUCUCCGUGGAGAACAAUCCAGAAAACAAUACAAAAUACAGAGCACAGCCCUGCUGUUCCAACCUUGAAAAGCCUGUGAUUUCUAAUAUCCAAACAAGAUCUGCUACUGUUUCAUGGAAUCUGAACAGUACUGAAAAAUGUGAUCAUAUUAAUUCUCCUGUGACAUGUGAACUGGCACUAUCUAGCUAUGGUAAAAAUGAAGUCUACAAAAGCAUGUAUAAUGGUAAUGAGGGUACUGUGGCCCUACAUGAUCUCCAGCCCUGCACAGUCUACUUUUUAAGGUAAGAAGUCUGUCCUACACAACCUGCCACCAGACUGCAAGCCAACCAAGACUCCUUAACCUAUGAGAGUUUUAGUACUGAGAAUUUCUGAAGUCAGCCUGUUUAUUUAUGAGCAAAAUGCCCUUUCCUUCCACCUUCAAACAACCCUAUCUCCAUAGGCAUGUAAGCAACCCUAGUUUAACUCAUUAGGUUACCCAGAAAAGAAAGGCCAUGCAGGUAAAGAGUGGCAGACUAUUGGGAAUAAGAAGGGAGCAAAAGAGCAUAAUGGGAAAAGAGGGGGUAUGAUCUUCU